UCUCUGUUAUACCUUUCCCCAUCUCUUCCUCACCCUUUUCUCUGUCUUUCGCCUUUAUAUCAUAAGAGUCCAUAAUUUUAUUGAAAUCCAUUUAGAAUCGCCCUAGAGAGGGGUACAUCGCAAUGAGAAGAAAACGAGCAAUAUCGAUGAAAAUAUAUGUAAUAUAGACAAUCCCAAGACACUGCCAGGAUCUCUUUCCUUGAAAUUGCGUAAAGGAAAGAUCAUUGGUAGUUGACAGUUUCGGUGAAACGAGAGUCAUCAUAAAGAUGGCUGUCUCGUUAUCCAUUCUGUUCAAUCAGAUCUCUCCCAACCUCUUUCGAAUCUCUUUUUGUUUCCAUCUUAAAAAAUAUCCUUUUCGAGCGUCGUCCCUCAUUUCCUUUUACUAACACAGCCUUGAUCUGCCGCCGCACGCGCGCCCACACGACAAAAUCAGACAUGAUACUUUUCCGUCUCGCCAACAACAUUACAACAAAUAGACAUGUCGUGCAAAUAUCCAGAAACGCUAUUAAAAUGCAAAGUGCAUGUGACCAUAUUUAAUCGGACACAAAAAGCACACCAAAAAAAAACACGAGAUAGCGGCAUUAUUUAACUCCAAUCGAUUAUUUGCAUCACAAAAGCAACACACGAGUACGGUUUUAUCGUUGCACUCUGCUUGAUCAUAUAGAUUUCUAUUCAGAUCGCGGAGAUAAAUACAAGGCGAGAUGUGAUUUAAACAGAUGAGUGGAACGGUUGCCUUUGCAGAUAAUCUUUAUGCUGAAUCCGCGCAAUACGGGAGUAGGAAUAUUGAACGCAAGAAAGACGGCAUCGAUGACACAUGGUUCGCAAACGAGGAUUAUGUAAAUAAUGGAAGAAUUGAUGACGAAUUCCUUGAGGAGGCACCGAGAAAGCGUGUUAAAAUUCGAGUACCCGUAGUGCGUAGCAGAACCGCUAGGCAACAUAAAUUCACAGUCGUCAAGCGCAGACCCUUGACAUCUCACACCGAAGAACUCGCCACGUCUACCACACAUGCACCACGAAGAAUCGUGGUGACGCGUGUCAGAACUCUCGGACCGGGUAACACGAUUUAUCCGACCGACAUUCCGGUGAAUUAUGGAAGUUACCAGCCGACCGGAUUUGGGAGGCACAAAGUAACCAUAACCAGACGCAGAAAGAUUCAACCUACACCGACAUCGACCAAAAGUAAAGUUAGAGUGACUAGAAAAAAGUUAGUCGCGGUGCGUCCGAUACUACCGACAUCAACUCUUGCCGUUAUCACUACUGGAUUCUACACUGCGUCUUCUUCCGAAUACGAUGAAUAUGCGGACGAAGAAGCCGAGGAAGAGCACGAGGAUAUUAGAGAAAAGGAUCACUCUCUCGUUACGCCUAGUCUCGAAGAAACACCGAAUCUUAUUGAUAACAAACCAGACAAGGAAGCGAGUCUUGUAUCAUUGGACUCUAGUUCUGCUGUAUUGGACGAAAGCGCAUCAAACAUACCGGUGAUUAUCACCGACAAUUUCUUUUUCCCGCCGUCGGCCGAAGAAGAUGAAGAAUACGAAGAUUAUCGUGACACGACUACUACAACUGAAAAUGCAGAUAAAAUCACGACUUUAAUGGAAGACGAGCAUCCCACAAUUUCAUCCAAGGAUGAAGAUAAUAUUGUGCCUAAUAAGAGCGAUGUUAAGAUACAAACAGAGAGUGACAAUAUUACUGUAAUCCAGACAUCAGCAAAACCAUCCGAAGAGCAAACAGUAAAGGCGCUUCAAGAAUCCGAUAAUGCAUCGAUAAAUAUAACGGAAUCAGUCGCUUUGAAAGACGUCAAUAAGACAGAGAUAUCAACAAAGAUCGAAUUAAAUGAAGAUACAACAACUGAGUUUUCUCUUAUUAAAAAAGAUAGUGACGAUAAAUUUGCAGCGAAAGAACAAACCACUUUUGCAGAAGACAUCACUACAUUAAAAAUGCCCGAUGAAGAAAACAUAACGACAGAAAAGCAUGUGUCAACAGUUACGCCCGGUAAAGAACAAGAGUCAACCGAAGCGCCGGAAGAUUCUACAGAACGUAACCUAAUGCCAGAAACCAUUAGCGAAAAUCCAGAAGAGAUAUUAACAGUGCAACCUAUCCAACCGGACGGCAUAAUUGACUCUAAUUCGACUCGGAUUUCUCUAAUCGAAACGGUUCUUCUAUCUGAUCCUUCUAUCGCAAUUAUGCCGAGUUUUGAGAGUGUUAUACCCCUCGAGACUACGAAGUCACCGACACGCGAUACCGAUACGUCAAAUUAUCUCGACGAGUCGUAUAUACCCAGUGUGAUACCCCUCAACGCAACUAACAUCCGCGAAACGAAAUUCCCGUCGAUCAAUGCAACCUCUGUAAUCGAGACGGUACCCGCGACGAAAGUCACGAGCGAGAUCGCCUCGCCUACGCCGGAGGAGAUCGAGGCCGGAUUAGCGGAUGAUCUUUACCUGUCGUUGUCUCGCCUCGAUUUCCCCGAGAUCUUGCCAUCGAAAUCAGCUACAAUCGAUCUAAAGACCGAAUCCACGCUCGAGCCGAGUACGAGCGUUUAUUACACGGAGACGGUAGUGACGUCGACGCGACUAAGGACGUACACAUACGUGGUGACGCAACUUAACGGACUGGAGACAAAAGUGACGUCGUCGACGACCGUACGACCGAGAGUGACGACACUUACGUUGACGGUGCCCGUCACGGUGACUGUCACUCCUACCGUGGAGUCGUCAGCCGGAUUCGAAUCAUCUGUGUAUAAUCCAGUACCCGUUGCCGGAGAAUACGAGGCGAAGGAUGAAGAAGAAGGACGCAGAUUCAAUUUAGCAACCCGCGUUAUGUCGAAUGGCGUAGAAGUCAUUGUCGCCGGGCCGACUCCGGCUCUACGAUGGGAGAAUUCGAAUCCUCAACCCACCCUUACCUUGUCAGAAGCGGUAGUCAUGCUCUUACCGCAGGAUAAACCGAACGAGUUUGUCACGAAAACUUGCACAACAACUUUCACAUACCUCAACACAAUCACCAAGGAUGGAACGACUACCGUUUCUACGGAGCAACAGGUGGUCGCAAAUACAGCGACAGAGGAAAGGCACAGAAAGCCUGGCUCUGAAACGGCAGCUGUGACUCUAGAAGCGUCCCCGACUCUACGUACUGAAGUAUUUAAAACGACUUACACAUAUUUAACUUUAAACACAGAUCAUCCGGAUGUAAAUGACGCCUUAGAAAGUAGUACGAAAGUCAUAACAAACACAGUUACCGCGCCGCAACAUUAUCUAGAUAUGAUUCUCGAGCCAUCAGAAGCUCCGCGACCGGAAACUAAUACAUACCUCAGUACGAGAGUGUUAGAAAAGACAUUUAUGGAAGAUGGUCGAACGAAAAUAGAGACGGUCAGCAAUACAAUUACUCAGCUAAUAGUGACAGAAUCAGCGCCUCCGCCACGGCCAACCAGUGUCACAACUACCUUGACUGCCUUGGACAAUACCGAUAGUAGCGUGACGGAUAUGACUAAGACAUAUUAUAUCACGUACACGUAUUUCAACACAUUUUUGGAGAAAGGUAGCACGGUAGUUCGUACAAACGUAGCUACGUCGACUGACGUGGUAUUGGAGAAAGUACCAGUGCGAAAAACAACUAUGAAAACCGCUCCGGUUAAUCCUACGCCAGAACCUAUACAGAUCUUCGCCACUAAAACAUAUCUUACCACCUUCACUUAUUUCACGACAUUACUGCAGGCUGGCCCAGAUGGCGAAACAUCAACGACUGUGACGUCUCGUUCACAUAUCGUUGAAAAUGUCGUGACGGAAUCAAUAGCCCCGAGUUUAUUAGAUGCCGGAUACAUGAACGCCCUAUUAACGACUGCGCAUCAUUCCGAUCCGGUGAAAAAUGUUGUCACGGGCUCGACGAUUAUAUUCUUCGACGAGGAGGAUCAAAUCGAUCCAACCGCGACCUCAAAUCUCCCACAAUCAACAUCUAUUACAGAGAUAAAAAAGCAUGAGAAAAGUCCCAUGAACACGACGACUACGAAGUCAACGGAGACAUUGUCGGAAGACACUAAUUCUGAUAUAAAGCCAGCAGAUUCAAUUGAUAAACAGGAUAAUAAUAGCACUACGUUAUCAAAUGACGGAUCACAAAAUAAACGCCCGAAUUCUCAAUCCGGAGAUGAUGUUUCAGUCAGCAAACCUCUCCUUAGUCUAAGUUCCUUGGGAAUAAAUAGUUUAUCCGCAUUGGGACCGGUAAUCACAGCGAUGGCUGGAUUACUGCAAGGAAAAACCGCGGCUACUCGUAGAAAUGAUAGCGUACCUGUCGCAGAAAUUCAAGAAGUCACAACCCAACGAUCGCCAAUCUACAUACCCGUCGCAGAAUUUGCUGACGGUGAUAUAGAAACAGCUGAAAGCCAACAUAUCGCUGCUCAUCUAGCAAAUCUCAAUCAUAAUUAUAUCGCUGAGACGCGCCACAAGGUGACCAGCAGUCUUUCCGACGGUAUACCGAUAUCUCCGGGUGAGGUAAUUACUGCAAACAGCGAUGUUAUUAUAGGAAAACCGGGCAAAAUGGCGCCGAGACCGCCACAGACAUAUCUGAAAGAUGAGGGGCACAUUGGUAUGAAACCACCACCGUUACCGGUACCAAAUAUUCCGGUACAUCCUGUAUUAGAGAUCCUAGAAAAUGACGAUGAUGUACAAGCUCAACAAACUGCACAAGACGCAAAGGUGCAGAUUCUGCCGGCUCAUCAAAUUUAUGAAGAACAUCUAAAAGUGCCGGCUUCUAUUCCUCUCGAUAAAAAUCAUCCGACAGCUUCCAAACAGCCUCAAAAACUACUUCCCGUUCAAUCAUCACCGCCUAAGAGAAUCGCGUCGAAACAGGAUAUUAUGCAGAAUGAUCCAUUGUUAAAACCACCCAACAGACCAAAUAUAGAACAGUACGCGAAUCCUAAUAUAAAUUAUAAAACUCCGGAGUGGAAUUCAGAAAAAUAUAGAAGGCCUUGGAGCGCUAAAGAUCCUUUAACACCACCUGCGACACAUGAUGAAAUUCAUCCGGAUAAACCGAUCGAAACGUCACAUCCGACAACGGUUACAUUAUCUACGGAAGAACAGAAAAAACGACCGCCAUGGGCACAAAAAGAUCCUCUAUUACCGGAUAGUUCUAUCAUCAUACAAAGUUCAGAGUCAAAACCAAUUCCUACUGAGCCGAUAGUCCAUCAGGUCCCACAUGUCAUUGAUAGAUCAACGGGGCAACCUUUAUUAGUCAAUAUUCAACCCAGUCAAGUAGCUAAUGUCGUAAUUCCUCAAGGCGGUACGCAAGCCUUAAUUUUCGGAGAUACCAACGAACCACAUAUAAGUGGACAAUAUUUUGAUGACCCGUCACCUUAUCCAGAACCUGAAGUUGGACCAAGUUUUGUUGGUAUUCAAAAGGGCGAAAAUUUACCGCAGUAUUCAAACGAGAAAAAUCCAACUCGUUACAUGGUUCCUCCAUCACCAACUACCAAUUUCAAGGCUUCUUCCUCAAAGCCAGGUUUUUCUAGUCGUCCGCAUGAUAUUCUAUUAUCACCUAUACGUGGAAGACCGCAAGAAAUGCUAGAGACGUCUGUACUAAGACCUGAUAAGAGACCAUCAGAAGUUCACCUGAUUAAAAGACCCGACGGAUCCGGAGGUUCUAGUCAAGUUCAUACCGAAAUUCUUGUACAUCACAAGCCGGAGACAAUAAACAUUCGACCUCAAUCCGCUUCUCAUCCAUCUAUUCAUUCUCAUGUACAUUCCGGCCACCAACUGCCAGUGCAUAACCAUUUUUCGAAUGGUCAAACUCCAAUAGAACAAGUUCCACCGAGACGUGUGGAAGUCACGUCAACUGAAACUCCACACCGAUAUAUAUUUUUAGGAAAGCCAGAUUCUGGAAAUGAAAUAACAUUAAAUACCAAUUGGAAAUCUGAUAAAAAACCAAUCAGAUUUGCUCUGAAUAACCGACCGAGACCGCGACCGAGACCGCAAACCAAUCGUCCUUUAGAUAGACACGUUUUCGUGGAACGACCUACUGGAUAUUCGCCAAUUAGAAAACCAACGUAUUCUGGACCACAGAGACCUCCGGCGAAGCCGCACAACACUUUCAUGUUACCUCAUCGCCCAUCACUAAAUCCUCAAAUUCAUCAGGAACCUACUCAAAUAUCAUCUAAUCUAUUCCCUCAGAUUGACAAUCAAAAUAGACCGGCGCAUAUUUAUCCAGAUAAAACAAAUAUAGGUAAUCUUGUACCGCCAAAUUCGCCAACUGAGCAGAACGAUCAUGUGCCUACUGGAGCGAUAGAAUAUCACAAUCCUUUACAUACAAAUCCGAUAUCAGAAGAAAACAAACAUUCUCAAGUAUCUGAAAAUACAAAAACACAGCAUGUAUUGCCAAAUCAUUUUGAAAAGUGGCAGACCAAUACGUAUACAGAGAAAACGUUAUUAGAUUCUGACAUUGGUGCUUCCGAGUAUGUUAAUUAUCAGAAUCAUUAUCAUAGAAAAGAAAAUAAAAGUCAAGAAAUUAAUAAUCAAAAUAAAAAAGAUAUGAUAGAGUCUCAAAAUAUCAAUCAAACUUUAAAAUCACCAACUUUAUACGGACCAGUUGUUUCGAUCAAUACGGUCGUAGGCAAGCCGUUAGAAGUCGAGCAAGAACAUGCUAUAACUUAUGGAACAAACAGAAAGCCGUCAUUGCAAGGACCUUAUGGUGUCGAUCCUUACAGUACGAGACCUUAUGAAUUGCCCAUUGUACAAGGUAAGCCUUUCGGUGUUUAUAAUGGUUACGGGAAUCCGACCACUCCUUAUGGAUACAAACAAAAAGAAGGCAACAAACCUGAUUACGAAAUAGUUCACGGUAUACCUGCUCCUUAUAAUGAAGAUGCAAAGCUAGAGACAACGAAAAAGACGCAAGGCGGACAAGUCACGACACUGAACUCACUCGAACGUGACGACACUAUCGGUCUAAAGCCACCGGCAGUUACGCCUCAAUUUAACACUGAAGUAGAUAGGCCCGGAAGGCCGUUCUCUAGACCGAUUAGGCCUGAUUCGAGGCCCAGUUCAACUAGGAUUAAACCGGAGAUAUUAACAAAACCGCCAAUAAAAUUAGAAGUCAGACCCGAUUAUACCAUAAAACGUCCAGAGAACGUUAAACCGAAUAAUGCAGUAAUUUUUGCCAAUCAAACAUUAAAUCAAGGAAUAAAUCUUCAACAAUGGAGCAUAGACUCAGCAAUCUCGGAUACUAUAAAGUCUCAACAGAAGAUAUCACCUGGACAUGAUUUCCGGACUUCUGAAACAAAAAUUGAGAAUAGAAAUAGCACAUCUCGUCCGACUACGAUGGGCGCUAAACGGCCAAGUGUCGUUCGACCAGAGCAUGGAACAUUCACAAGAGUUCAUCCGGAAUAUCCUCACAUCCUAACAAAACCGAAACCUCAAGUGCCGGAGCCGGUAAUCGUCUCGAGCGGAACUGCAGGACUGGAAACGCACGGUCGUCCGAACGUCAAGUUCUCCAUGUCAGUCGAGGCUACGGGCGAGGAGUUAGACAGUAAGACGCAAACCGAGCGGCCGCCCAGCAUGCUAGUCACGAAAAAUAAUCUAUCGCAUAAUAAAAAGAAUGAUGAAACCUUAGACACGGCGUAUCAGACAAAUUUUGCCUCCUCGGAUUCUCAAGGCGAGCAGGAUAAUAUCAAAGAAACGAGCGUUCCCUCUAGAAACAUGAUGCCACCGCCUCUAAACGUAGGAGUCGGAUCGAAUCAGUCGAAGAAAAAAGAACAAGACGGACUUAAACCACCGCCACCGCCGUCGAGCGACGUACUCGGAUUGUCGCCACCACCGGUAGACAUCACUACCACUCAUAUGCCGGCAGAUGAUAGAUUUGCCUUAAUGACAACCGACGAAUCGGGUUUGAAGCCGCCAAAAUACGUACCUUUAAAAGAAUCGACGACAGUCGCACCGCCUAGCACGAAUAUGGUUCCACCCAGCCCGAGACCAUCACUUACAAGACCUUUCCUCGUAGAAUUACUAUCGCAGGAUAUGGUGCCGCCGCCACCGGUAUUAACAACUACGAGACCGCUCGAAAUCGCUACUGUGAGACCAGCUGUUGCGGUUUCGGGUUCCAUACAGAUAGCCACUGCUGUCGCGACAUCUCAUAUUCCAGUAAUCCAAGAUAUCGAAUCGAAAAUCCCAAUUAUUCAUGGCACCGUUGAUCUACCGGUUGUAGUCGACGUUCCUGAGAUUCUUAGAUCCGCGGAAACACGGAAGACUGAACAUGUUAGCAUCUACACCGUGCGACCAUUUGAUACAAGACCCGUGUCUAGAAUCGUCAUUCAAUCGACAUCGACGUCCACAAAUAUGAUAAUACCGACAAAAUUGCGACCACCUCAAGUGGAUCACAUUCAACCGAGUAGAUUGCCGACAACUCAUCGCGAUGUCGAGCCAACGAGAACGUAUGUUUUGGAUAUUCCACCAAAUCCUGUUAAGCGACCCGAACAUCCGGUAUUCUUAGAAUCCAGUCACGACAGCAUUUUACCGUCGACAAGAGUGGAGCCUACUGAGUCUUUGACAUUCAUCGUAGAAACGAAAAAGAAACCGCAUUCGACGGUAUCGAACGUCAAAAAACCGCAAAUAACCGAGUACAGCGUCGUAAAUAAAACGGCGAACGAAGAGUCGUCCGUAAUCGUCACUAGAGUCGAUAGUUCGAUCAGUAAAGUAACCAAUACAUUGAUACCAACAUCGGGCAAUAAAACGCGUUUCGAGGCAAGCACCUCGGUUACGCAAUUUACAAAGAACAAUCUAAGGGCGACCAGUAUUGUAGUUAAGGAUCAAUCCAACGCUACUAUACGUACAAAACCGAAAGAGGUGACGCGUUUCAAAACUUCAACGGUAACGAGAACUAAAACGUCGGUGUUGGGUUCGCCGCCGACGACAAGGACGCUUUUACUCACGCAUACGAUGACCACGACGACUGUCGAGACUGUAACGGAAACGCUUCUGCGUCCGACAAGCGUGGUGUCCACGGUAACUUCGACGAUCUUGCAACCGAUCGUUACGAGAAUACCUUCGGCAUACGACAACGUAGCAGAUAAUGACUCCAUAUUCGUCGUGAUGAGUGAUCAGAAACCACCCGCGCCUGGUGCUGAAGAGGUGGAGGCCGAAUAUGGAGAGGAAGUUUCUCGCGAUGAACAAGAUCCCACGGGCAACGAAAUUCACAGAGUAUUGUCGGGUGGCGUACUUGGUGCGCCCAUCGUACCUCUUACACCUGCUGCGAGCCAAUGCGUACCGGAAUGUAAAUCCUCCAAGUCUGAGAUCUGCGCCGAAGUAGGAACCGAGAUGAGGUGCGUCUGUCGGCCAGGGUUUGCGAGAAUGUUCCCGGAUCGUCCUUGCAAGCCAACCUACACGUACACGCUACGCAUCGGUCUGGACCGUAUCGGUCACGAAUUCGUGGCGUACGACUCUGCCCUAAACGAUUCUACGUCGGAAACCUACAAACGUUUGGUAGUUCCGACGAAGGAUGCCUUAGAUAGAACUUUAAUGCAAAGUGACUUAAGAGAUGUAUACAGAGGUCUCAAGAUUGCUGGAUUCAUUCCGGACCCCACAAAAGUCGAGUUUCACGUGCAACUAAGCGACAAUGCUAAUGAAACCCGAUUGAAGGAAGUCCUUCGGAAAUAUUUGGUUGGGAGCAAUUUCAGCUUAGGUGGCACAGAAGUCUUCGCUUCAAAGAACCUUGAUUCGAUCGAGGCGAUCGAUUUUGACGAAUGCGCUUCCAAGGAAGACGGCCCGCAUCACGACUGCUCGCCUCACGCGGCAUGCUUCAACUUACGAGGAUCCUAUCAAUGUUCUUGUAGAGAAGGCUGGGCCGAUUUAUCGGAAAAUCCAACGUAUCCCGGAAGAAUAUGCUCGCAAGCUCCAUUAGGAUGCGCUGGCUGCAAUAACAAAGGUCAUUGUAUCACCAAUUCUCUUGGUCAAGAGGUAUGCGAGUGCUUCCCAUGGCACAGCGGCCAACGAUGUCAAGUUAAUCUCAAAGUUUUGUUAAUAGCUCUAGUGACGACCGGUGCGAUUCUGCUGGGUCUCCUAGCAAUCUGUGUGGGAAUGACAUGCUUCCGUCACCCAGGACGUAACCGGAAGACUGGCGAUAGACGAGCCAUGAUCCCCGGAACAGGUGGUGAUACCAGCAGCGAGGGUAGCGUCACUGACUUAGCGAUACCUCAUCACGUACCGCACGUUUUGCCACCGCCCCCGCAAAUGAUCGCUCCCUUGCCGCCGAAUAAACGACCAAUUCGCAAGAUCAGCGCCAAACCUCGUUAUCCACCCAGAAAAGCUACUAUGGUCCCUGCAGCCGCGAUAGCAAUCAAUGACGAUCAGCGUGAUCGUUCCCUGACGGUAAUGAUUCCACGCGCGAAAUAUCGAUCGGCGCCGCAAUCACCGCAGAAUUACAAUAAAACCGUCAUGAGUACGUUCGCCGCCGAGGAGCACAAGCUCAUAAGCUAUCUCGACAAUGGCACGAGCUCUCCCGCUAACAGGAAGCAAAGUAUAUCUAGCACGAAGGACUGCAAGGAAGCUGAUCUGCAAGGCGCGAGAAACCCGAUGACACCCACGGGUGCUCUCGUGAGUGCCGGUUUUCAGGUAUCAGCAACGGUGACUCGUACCGUGGAUGCUGAGUCUACCUUGGCGCGUUCAUGCGGCGAGACCACUGUGGAACCAGCGACAAAGGUACUGAGAAGUGGAGAUCUUCAGGUUGAUCUCGACUCGACACUGGCCCGCUCGUGCGGCGAAACAACCAUCCAAGCUCCGACGAAGCUUCUUAAAUUGGACUUGGGCGAGGCUGGUUCCACUCUCGCGCGAUCGUGCGGCGAAACGACGAUUCAACCUCCGACAAAAGUCGCCGCCGCACGAAGGAGUAGCGUCAAGGACAACAGAGAUAACAGGGACACCAGAGACAGUGCUAGCGAGGGUCACACCAUGGCUGAGCGUGAUUUAGGCAGCACAUUGAGACUUCCGGCGCAACAUCCGCCGUUGUACAGUCCGGAUAGGACUAGCGAUCGGGAAUCCAACUUCGAUUCGCUAUAAACGCUCAAACGAGAACGAGUCACGACGUAUGGGAUGAUUGAUUGCGGACGAAGCCGCUGGACGGUAUUUUCCGUAGAUUUAUGAAUCAUUAUAUGUCAAAAUCUACUGCUGUCUAACAUGCGAAACGACAUAUGAUACUUCACGAUAACAUUUUAUUUAUUUAUCGCAGUUUUUACAUUCUUUUUCUUCUAUUCGGUCAUGAUAUUUACUUACGAUAUUUAUCAUGUAUUUAUUUCACAACGCUUGAGAUUCAUCAAAAUUAGUGGCGUUUUUUUUAUUAGAAGAAAGUUUUCUAAGUUCGAUAUUUUUAAUUGAUCAAUGCACGUUAACUUAAAAUUCUGCGUGUAAUUUUGCCUUAAGAUGGAGAAGAUACGCGUGACUCAACCCCGUGCCAAAAUACAACCAAUGAAAUAGGGAAGAGGCUUUAAAGAAGCUCGUGCCUUCCCUAUUAUUUUCAUGAGAUCGAGCUACUCGUCACUGCAACUGAUCGAAAUAUUAGAUUAUUUUAUUCAUUAAAAAAUUUAAGUACAACAAUUUGAAUAAUUAAUAAUAUCAAAUUGAAUCGUAAAGAGAUCGUCAAGUUUAAUAUUAAAAUGUAUUGUAGAUGUUUAUGUAGAUUCAAAUUUGGAAAUAAUAUUUCGAUCGCAGCAGCUUACUGUGCAUGUGCAAGCAUAGUGCAAUAGUGUAUGAUCGCGCCAAAUCGUUGUGCUGGCAGUACGAUGAGACAGCUCGAUAUUUAUAUUGAUCACAAAUGGAGAAUAUUUUUUAUUUUUGUUGUUACUGUUUGUUUGUUUAGUUUAUUCUCCGACAAGUUGUGUCAUGUUGCCCGGCUUCGUUAAAAAGCACAUUUCGGAGGCGACUAAAAUUUGCGCUUGAGAUCGAUAAUGGACCCUUUAACGUUCGUCUCUGCGAAAGUCAUUUUGUUUAAUACUUAAUAUUUAAACAAGAAUAAAAUGAGUUUCAACAGCGUUGCGAACGUUAAAUUAGAACGCGUCUAAUAAAUAUCGUUCCAUAUUUGCUCGAAUGUAAAUUGUUUAUGUUAUAUUACAGAAUAUUAUUACGGCUUUACAUACAUACAUAUAUAUAUAUCUAUACGGAGAAAAUUUUAUUUAAAAAAUUAUUAUAAUAAACAGUAAGAGCACACCAAGGAAGGAAUUAUGAAAACUCUUAUUAUGUUUCUCAUGAAAUUGCCAUAGUAUUUACACUACUUAUGAUAUAAUUCUAAUGAUAUAAUUCUCUGAAAUUUCUUCUCAUAGUUUUUUAAUACUAAAUUUUCCUCGUAUAUAUAUUUUUUAUAAUUGUAUCAAACACAUGUUAUUUUUAACGUAUGACUUUAAUAUCAAUGGUGAUAACAAAAUUUAACAUAAAUUUAAUUUAUAAAUUUAAUUUAUAAAUUAUUUAUUAUUAUUAAUUAAAUUUAUAAAUUAAAAGAUAAACUUAGUUUUAACAUUUUACAUUCGUGCAAGAGACAUAAUACUGUCUUCUAAUUUAUUCGGAACAAAGCCGCGGCAACGUCGCUACAUAUCAAAUUCGAAAAAAGCAAAGGCGAGACGCAUUAAACUCGUAAUGUAUUUACUGUUAGCUCAAUAAAUAGCGUAAGCGGAGGUGUAACGAAGGACAGGUGUAUCACAUAUCGAGAUUCUCUCGUAAGACCAAACUUAAUCGGAAGAUAAUUAUUCCGAGACGGAUUAAAUUCAGGCAGUUUAAGAAAUCAAGGCGCGACGAUGCUCAUAAUAUUUUAAGUUUCGUUACUAACUUUGUCCUCCUUACGUCCAAAAAUAAAUCUUUCCUUAUAUAUAUAUAUAUAUAUAUAUAUAUAUAUAUACAUAUACAUAUACGCAUAGAUAUACGUAUAAAUAUAGAUGUAUUAUCCUAUUGUACAUAUUGUCCACCGGAACCUCUUUUACAUAAUGCUAUUGUAAUUUUGUAAACUUAGCGUAUGUAUACUUAUACGUACUUUUAAUAAAAGUCAAUAAUAUAACGGCAUGUCUUAAACGUACCUGUUUGUCAUACUCAAGAAAUUAUAAUCAACUUAAAUAUGUAAGCUGAUUUAAUUAACAAUAUUUUAUCUAUUCCGUGAAUUAUCUGUUUUUAACUUCACUUUUCUAACUUCCAUCUAUUUGCGUAAACUUUACAGUUUUGUAACAUAUAGGCUAAUUUAAAAAGAACAAUUAAGUCCUUUGAAUUUUAUUAGAACAAAAAUUGUUAUAGAUUGAAGGCAUUAACAAUAAACUUAGGAAAGAGAAAGUUAUUUUAAGACAAUAAUAUAAUAUAAAUAAUACGAAAAACGAAAAAAGGCGUCAUCAACGAUAAAGUACGAUUAGCCGAAUAUUACAAAUUAAUCUAUAACCGUUGUGCGUAAAGAAGUACCAUUUAUUAUAUCAUAGGCAUUCGUCGAUAUAAGUACUAAAAACGUUUUCGUAUAUUAAAACAUUAUGUAAAUCCCGUAUAUAAUAUACAUUAAUUAUUUAUUCUUAUAAUAAAUUUUUAACGUUGUGUAAAUGUAAGUUUUGAUGUCUCAACCUACUCUCAGCCUACAUAUUCGACGACGGCGAGAGCAUUUUUGCGGCUCACUGUAAAAUCGUAAACGGUGACUUGAUUAAUUUCCAAUCAGCGGGUUUAUUGUUUCGCGAAUUCUCUCUCUCUCUCUCUCUCUCUUUCUCUCUCUCUUUCGAUUAUGUGCGCUGAACAUUUAUGGAAGCAAUUUCGGACGUAGCCCUUCGUGGCUCGCUCGUGGCAUUGAGAGUCGACGGCCCGACGACUCUCGCUGGUAGAAAAAGUGGCGACGUGCGCCGGUCGGCGUUUCGUGAUUCGUCGCGGACCGCGACUAAAACAUGAGCCUAAUCCGCAAAACAAACCGAUCUUCUAGAGUCCCACUCGAAACGUGCGAUCCUCGACUGCGAUUUCUGCUUUUCAUAUGCGACGAAAGACCCGAUUCGUCGAAGGCAAGAACGGCAACUGCCGCAAAUGACUUUAUUUAUACCCUCGAACCUUAUUAGGAGAUUCCUUAUUAGGACACGCGACCGCGAAUUCAUUAGGAAAAUAAGUCAGCUUACGUUAAACCUGUUUCCGAUCAUCAAGCUUUGACGUGCGACAGAGAAUAGCAGUUUAGCUUGUGGUCAAUGAGAUUGUCACGCGAUUAUCACUAAAGAUCGUCCCUCUGAUAAAAAACUGCAGAGGCAUUGUAGGUUGCAGAUUGCAUGAUUGCAAUAUUGCAGAAGCGCGAUAUUACACCUUUAUUUGAAAAAUUGAACGAUAUCCAUCGUUGCGAAAGAUUGAUUUUCAAUUAAUCAUCAGACGAAUUGACUCAUCAAAAAUUUAUGAGCACGAUACCUGUCACAAAUAACUUUAUUUAUGCCAUCGGUUCUUAUUAGAACUCUUUCAAGUAGAAGAAAAACCUGAGAGCAACCCGCAUUAUUAACUUCUCCCUCACUAGAUUAUCUGUUUUUACAACCUCCGAUAUAGAUCGAAUAUGUGUCAACAUUCUACACAUUUUAUUCUAAGUGCUAUCUACACAAAGUUAUAUCUGAAGUUUUAUAUGUGUACGUCAAUUAAAAAAAAAA